UUGCCAAGAAAAUCUCAAAUGGGGUCACAGAGUCCUACAGGACUGAACAACAAAUUUUAAUGCCAGAAAAUUCAGAUUUCUAUGACAAGUAUUUAAAUCAAGUAUGUUGUGUUACCCAGAAAGGUCAAAGCCUCUAGUCCAAAGGACAAAGGGAGCCAACUUUCAAAUGUUGUACUCCUUCAUCAAUGUUCAAAUCUUGCCUAGGGUAUGCAAACAGCUUAUGGAACCCUACAGCCAGAAAACAAAAAUCAGUUGAGAAGCCAACUUUUCACUUUCCCAAAUGGGACAGCAGGCUGCAAAUACAAAUUAACUUAAUUGUUUUACUUUGUGAAUUAAAAUAUUCAAGCCUGGUGAGAAAACUCAACCAAUUCAGACUGGCAAUGGUUAAUCAAUUUAUAAGUAGUCUAACUAGGUGUUCAGUGUUAAGGUGUUAUGCCCAGGGUCACACACACAGCCAGUAGGUUAUGAGUUAGUAUAGAGUUAUUGAACCCUAGAGGUUAAAUGACUUGCCCAGGGUCACACAGCCAGCUUGUCAGUCUGUGCUUGAACUAGGUCAUCUUGACCUUAAUGAAUUUUCUAACCACUAAGUGAAGCAGAGAUCAGCACCUUGGACCUCAAGCCCUCUUUCCAAGACCACCUAACUGGUCUUGGAAAAAUAAGGAUAAGAGCCUCAAAGGUAAAUUUGUGGCGUCUACGGGAUAAAGAAAGGCUGCUUUUUUUGCAUCCGUGAGGCCGAGAUGAACCCUCUCAGCCCAGAUUUCUUAGUGUCUUAGCAUGUUAAGAGCCAAUCCUGGAUGCUCAGUCUUGUAAAAUGCGGUCAUGAUGCAAAUACUUUUAUUUUGCCCCCUGGCUCCGACCCACACUAGCUAGUUAUAACUAUGGUCUCUUUAAGUAAAACCCCUAGGUUGUUCAGAGUAACACGACACCCCUUCUCCCUGCCCCCCAGGCCUCCCAGAAUUCUACUAGGCACUGUUGGCCAGCUUAUUAAGCUGAUGUGCAUGUUUUCAAUCCCCCAUUUCUCUUCCAACCACACAGGACAUGGGGGCAUAGCCGGAUCCCGGGUUCCAUCAAAGGCAAAUAAAGGUCAGAGAAGCUCCGCUGGUCGUUUGUUUUUUUUCAACUAAUAGAAAAAUAAAAACAGGCGGGAAGGGACCAGGAACUGCCUGCGCUCGGGACAAGCGUCCACAUGGACAAAUAGCCACCUCCCCCUCAUGGCACGCAGGCGCAGUACCAGCCGGGACUCGCAUUUAUCACAAGCAGAUCAUUCCGCCGGUUUCUUUGUGUAGCAGAAAACCUUGAAAUGGCAUAAUUUCCUUUCCUCGGUUAAAUAUCAGAACCACCAUCCUCUCUCUCUCCCGCGGGGUCAGGGGUUAGAGUACGGGAAAGGCAGCUCGAGCCGGGAGGGCAGCAAAAAGAAAAAGGGGGGAGGGGGAAGGUUAGGUUGAGCUCGGCGAGGGCAGGGAGAAGGGAGGGAUGCUGGGAGCUCGACUCACUCGCACACCAUGUGUCCCUCCGCGAGAAGCACGGGGGACUUUUCGGUGGGGAUUUUGGGCGCCGACCAGACGCGGCAUUUUCGGAAAAUAGCGCCCGGUGGUUCUGAAGCGCUUUGUUGAUAGCGGGGCCGCUUCAAUCCGGCCGGGUACCAGGUGCCUCGGGUCCCCGCAACAUCUCCCGCUGCUCCCCCGCCGCCGCUCCCGAAGCUUUUCCAGAUGUCCCUGGUAGAUUUGGGAAAGAAGCUUUUAGAAGCAGCACGAGCAGGUCAAGAUGAUGAAGUUCGGAUUUUGAUGGCAAAUGGAGCUCCUUUUACUACAGAUUGGUUGGGUACCUCUCCACUUCAUCUAGCAGCACAAUAUGGGCACUAUUCAACCACAGAAGUAUUACUCCGAGCUGGUGUAAGCCGAGAUGCCAGAACUAAAGUGGACCGAACUCCAUUACACAUGGCAGCAUCUGAAGGCCACGCAAGCAUUGUAGAAGUUUUACUUAAGCAUGGUGCUGAUGUCAAUGCAAAAGACAUGCUAAAGAUGACAGCACUACACUGGGCUACAGAACAUAACCAUCAGGAGGUGGUAGAACUUUUAAUUAAAUAUGGUGCUGAUGUCCACACACAAAGUAAAUUUUGUAAAACUGCUUUGGACAUUUCAAUAGACAAUGGAAAUGAAGAUUUGGCAGAAAUAUUACAGAUUGCAAUGCAGAACCAAAUAAAUACAAACCCAGAGAGCCCUGAUACUGUGACGAUCCAUGCGGCAACACCACAGUUUAUCAUUGGACCUGGAGGGGUGGUGAACCUAACAGGUCUGGUAUCCUCAGAAAAUUCAUCCAAGGCAACAGAUGAAACGGGAGUGUCUGCUGUUCAGUUUGGAAACUCAUCUACAUCAGUAUUAGCUACAUUAGCUGCUUUAGCUGAAGCUUCUGCUCCAUUGUCCAAUUCUUCAGAAACCCCAGUAGUGGCUACUGAGGAGGUGGUGACAGCAGAAUCAGUAGAUGGUGCAAUUCAGCAAGUUGUUAGCUCUGGGGGUCAGCAAGUCAUUACCAUAGUUACAGAUGGAAUUCAGCUUGGUAAUUUGCACUCCAUUCCAACCAGUGGAAUAGGUCAGCCCAUCAUUGUAACUAUGCCAGAUGGACAGCAAGUAUUAACAGUACCAGCAACAGAUAUAGCUGAAGAAACUGUUAUAAGUGAAGAACCACCAGUCAAGAGACAAUGUAUUGAAAUUAUAGAAAAUCGGGUGGAAUCUGCAGAAAUAGAAGAGAGAGAAGCACUUCAGAAACAGCUGGAUGAAGCAAAUCGAGAAGCACAAAAAUAUCGGCAGCAACUUCUAAAGAAAGAACAGGAAGCAGAAGCCUAUAGGCAGAAAUUAGAGGCCAUGACCCGUCUCCAGACUAACAAAGAAGCAGUGUAAUUGAAAUGGACAAUAUAGUUUGAUUUUACCUUGAGUCAAGAAAAAGCGUACAGUCUUGAACUGUGUACCCCAUCUAAGUACAGUCAUGGGAAUCCAGCAUAGAGAAAAGAGACUUACAGAUUGAUAAUUGGACUUAAGCCAUGAGCUCUGAAUUUUCUUGUAACAUAAACUAUGAAUUUAGGAGUUGUGUGAAAAGUAUUUAAAACUGAAUUCUGUAAAUAGUUGGUUUGUUGUUGUUUUUUUUUUACAGUUCCAAAAUGAGUUGAUAAACGAUGGUUGAAGAGAUCCAGAAACAUAAUAAGCCACUGUUUUUGUGAAUUCUUUUUGAUUUUAGUAUGAAUCUUAAUUUCUCAGAAGCAGAACAGUUUUAAGGGUGAUCCUUGUUGAUUAGACCAAAUAUUUGCAUAAUAAUUAUGUGGUGGACUGAUUCUGGAAUUAUUUCUAUAGAUAUCAACUAGGCCUCUACCUAAAGAGUAGAUUUCUCUAAGGAAAUCUUUGUAUAGCUUUAAGUAGUUGUCUCAGAUUAUCUGAAAACAUUUUUUAGAAAGUGAAACUUUUAUAUUUGUUUAACUUCAGCUAUAUCUGAGUAGAUUUACCUGUAUAUGAAGCAAAUAUUUUUUAAAUUUUCAGUUUGUACAUAUUCUGCAUGUUUUUAUAAUUUCAAAGUGCAUCACUUGCAUAGGUUUUUUUUUUCUUUUUGCAAAGAUGAUGAAAGUUAUUAGGAAGAAAAACUUUUAGUCUAUAGGUCAUUGAAAUUAAGUAAGCUAGCAACUGGUUCUAUUGGAAUAGACAGUGUUCUUGGAAGUAGCAGUUUGCAAUGUAACUUAAAUUUGCAAACCCUGUACUCUCUUUUAAAAUUUCACAUAGGGGACUUGAAACUUUGUACUCAGUGCCUUCUAUCAUGACUUCCACAUGAAAACAUUUCCAGGCACUGGAUUGUAGGAUAAUGUUUUUGGAAAGUUCAACACAGGUGGGUUUCUGAAAUAUUCUCAAGGACUCAUUUCCCCCCAGGAAACCAGAAAAGCCAAAUAUUGUCUUGGCUGUUCUUAUGAAAAACAUUUGUUUUGGAUGUAGGACAAGAACUUUUCAUACUUCAUUGAUGCCACUGUUGUCUAGAAUAUUGCUUUUCACUAUAAAAGCAGAAUUGUCUGUGCUGUGACUUGCUCUAUCUAAAAUUGUUAAAUUCUGUGAUAGGCAAAUGAUUAAAUUUCGACUUUAUUGUUCACUUUUGGUUUUUUUUUCCGGUAAAACUUAAGUUCAGGCCUUUUUUUCUUGCUUUGCUUUUCUGUUUCACUGCUUUAGGAAAAUGUUUAUCUAAACCUAAAAAUCCUCUAGAUAAUCUAUACUGUAUAAGAAAGAAAUUACCCUUAAAACUGUACUCUGGUCUACUUUUCUAUUUUACAAUUAAAUAUCUUUUUCCACAUAUGUUCAGUGUAGACUUAAUUCUCUUUUGAUCUUCAUUCAUACGUUAAAAACUGUAUGUUAUUGUAUAUCUGAACCAUAAUCUGUUCUAUUAAAAUACUGUAUAAUUUUCA